AUGCGUGCGAUCGACGGCUCAGACGCCAUGAUGAUCGACACUGAACCUACGGACGACAGCGUGAGCGGAGAAAUCCAGCCAACUGAGUCAUGGUACUCUCACGGUCCUGGUGUGGGCGGUUCGCCUUUUCUAACCGAGGGUGCGACUCCUUCCAAACGGCAGUCGGGGCGUUUUCCUCGGAGUGAUCGAGACCCGAGUGAUUCAAAUCUGUCCGAGUCUUCCGCGAACAAUGAUGCUCAUGGACAACGGAGCCUGGAUGAUCUCGUCAAUCGGCUCGUCCCCGGUCCGUACAAGCAUCAGCGGCCAAGUACAUUCCAAAAGCCGGUAUUUGAAAGCCCGAACCAGGUGAUCGACUACUGGGAGACGACGAUCAGUCCGGAUAUGCUUAGUUAUUUUGACAUCGUCAUCCUGGGUGGCAAUGCAGAGGGCCGCUACAUGCAGUGGGAUCUGAAGCCUGGAUUUUUCCUUGCCGCUCAGGCCCGGCCCGGGUUCAUCGAUACGAUCAGCAUGAAGGGCAAGGCUACCCAGAGCCCAGUCUACGUAGAGAUAUCGCAGGGAGGACCGACGGGCGACUAUUUCGUCAAAAUGGUUGCGGACAGUCGCCGAGUAGCUGGGUUGGCUGUUCAGGCUUACGGCCGUUACAACCGUGGCCCUUGUCUAAUCUGCGAGCGUCGCUUCGUAGAGGGCGAGGCCGAUGGAAAGGCCGCAAUGUGGCCUUUUUUCGAAUGCUGCUCGGUCAACACCAAGGGCGCAGAAAGCAGGGUUGCCGGAAUUGUGUGUAUAACAUAA